UGUACAUUGCGUGCAAAGCCUUUGAAUCCAAACAACCAUCUAUCGUUAUACUUACUGCAUCACACUCCAUGUCCACCUUGACGUUCUGGAAGCCAGGAACUGCUGGACCUGGAAGCACACUUGACAGGGCAACAGAGGAGGAAGGAAAUGUCGUUCAAUCUGCGCCUUCACAUGGCUCCCUUUCUAUACAAGCGCAGCGUGAACGAUUGCCCAUUUGGCAACACCGGCAAAAACUUUUGCAUUGUAUAGAAAAGCAUGGUGUCACAAUUGUUGUCGGUCAAACAGGGUCAGGAAAAACAACUCAACUACCCCAGUAUCUCCUAGAAUCUGGUUGGGCAUCCGAAGGUAAUGUAAUUGCCUGCACCCAACCACGACGCGUGGCAGCAACGUCUGUUGCUAUCAGAGUUGCAGCAGAAGUUGGUACCCUUCUUGGGGAUGAGGUUGGAUAUACUAUUCGCUUUGAAGAUGUCAGUGACAAGGAGCGAACCCGCAUAUGCUACAUGACCGAUGGCAUGCUCUUUCGAGAGACGCUGAUUGAUCCUCUCCUCUCACGCUACAGCGUCAUCAUGAUUGACGAGGCGCACGAGCGAAGUCUUUACACAGAUCUACUUCUGGGUGUCUUGAAGAAAAUUAGGCGUAAGCGCCCAUCGCUUCGGCUGAUAGUGUCAUCAGCUACUUUGGAUGCUAGAUCAUUCUUAGAAUACUUCACUUCGGGGACACAUCCAGACGACGCCACUAUUGUUAGUCUGGAAGGGCGCAUGUUUCCUGUUGAGGUUGCUUACCUUCAAGAGCCCGCUCCAGACUAUGUGAGGAAGGCAGUAGAGGUUGCAUGGAACAUUAACCUGCAGCACGGCGCUGGUGACAUUUUGAUAUUCCUGACGGGACGUGAGGAAAUAGAAAGAUGCUUAGAGGAACUCACAGAACUUCUUCCUACACUUCCACGAGGAGCCACACAGAUAAUUCCUCUUGCACUGCACGCUGGCCUAAGCACAGAAGAACAACUCAGGAUUUUCAAUGUUGCAGAACGAGGGACGCGAAAGGUUAUCGCCGCCACAAACAUCGCGGAAGCCAGCGUCACCAUCGAUGGGGUGAAGUUUGUUGUCGACAGUGGGUUCGUAAAGAUACGGACAUACAAUCCAACUACUUUCCUUGCCUCACUGUCGACAGUUCCUGUUUCCCAAGCAUCUGCCAUACAGAGAGCUGGUCGCGCCGGACGGACCUCGCCAGGAAUCUGUUAUCGAUUAUAUCCUGAUUCCGUUUUCGCUUCUCUUCCUACAAGCACGCCGCCUGAGAUCACUCGCACUGAUAUGACCACUCCAAUUCUGCAACUGAAGUCCCUAGGUAUAGAUGACCUUAUGAAGUUUGAAUGGGUCUCGGCACCUCCAGCAGAAAGCAUUCUCCGUGCGCUUGAGGGGCUCUUUGCUGCAGGAAUGAUUGGCGACGACGGCCUCCUUACUCCAAUCGGUGAGCGAGUUGCAGAAUGCCCCAUCGAGGUCAAUAUAGCUAGAAUGCUUUUCACCUCGAAGGACUUCAAUUGCGGUGAGGAAAUUCUCACAAUUGCUGCCAUGAUUUCAAUACAAGAUGCAUUUGUUAUACCUGAUGGUGCUCCCGGAGCGAUUGCAGAACUGGAGAGACGAAAAUUCACAGCCGAGGAAGGGGACCAUCUGACCCUUUUAAAUGGUAUUUGCUCGCUACACCCAAAAGUUGAUUGCUUAUGUUUGGCAGCAUAUAAUGCUUUCACUAAAUACGGUCGAUCUUCAUCAUGGUGUAAAACUCAUGCUCUCAACUUCCGCGCCAUGUCGAGAGCGGUGUCGAUUCGGUCCCAGUUGAAGAAAUACAUGAUUCGCUUCAACUUACCACUCCAGAGCUGCGAAGGUGAUGCUAAACGGCUUCGGCAAUGCUUGGUCAGUGGGUAUUGGCGCAACGGUGCCCGAUGGGUUGCAGAUGGAACGUAUCGUUCGGUGAAGGGGAACAAAACUCUGUAUGUUCACCCAACAUCUGUGCUUUUCACUCGGAAGUCGCGGACUGGAUGGGUGGUCUUCCACGAAGUGGAAGAAACCAAGAAAACGCAGAUAAGAAUACUCUCAGAAAUCGAACCAGACUGGCUACUCGAUUACGGUCAUAAAUACCAACAUAGGCAUGCUGCGGGUUAAUUCGAUAUGGAUGGGACUUGGUUCUGGUGGUCAAUCAAUGUUGUUCUACUGUUGACGUUCUGCAAUUUUUACCUGGAAUAUGGCGACGUUGUGCCCGUAUUGUGAGGUAGCAUUGUGCGCUGGCAAGAGGUCACCGGGACUGUGGGUAUCGAUAGUUCCUAUCAUCCUCGGCUGCGGGGCCAUCUGCCUCUCACAAAUACCCCGAGACAGAAACCCGAACGACGC